GAAAAACUGAAAAGAAAUAUGUAUUAGUGUACGCCAAAGAAAUAAGAUUUUCAACUAAAAAUAGUGCCAUAAUUUUGAAAAAAAAAAAAAAAAUAAAUUUUUUUAAUAACGACAACGCAACUAAACGACGAAUUUUCAAUUAACUAAAAAAUAAAUAGAUAAAUCCACACACACACACACACACCACACACACGCACGCAUGUUUGAGUUCAGAGUUUAAAAAAUAAAAAAGAAAAUAAAAAAAAUCGCAACGGCCAAGUCAAAAAGUUGAAUUGAAUAGAACGUAUUGAAGGAAAUCGAAAGAUGACAUUCACGCGAUUAAAAACUCUGACAUUGCUCGUGUGUACGUUACUGGCACUGAGUUUUCCCGGAUAUGUGAAUUGCGCUAACAAGAAAGGAUCGCAGCCAGCUGCUGCGGCGCCGCCGCCGCCACCGCUUGAGCCGGAGGCCGUCAUCGAGGAGGUCAAUGCCAAGCAGUUGGAAAAGCUAUUGGCCGACAAGGAUUACGUUGCCGUUUUCUGGUAUGCGCGUAGCUGUGUGACCUGUGAUAAGGUUUUAGCGGAACUCGAAAAAAUCGACGAUGACACCGAUUCAUUCGGUGUGGAUUUUGUUAAAAUUAACGACAAACGACUAGCCAAACAAUAUGGCAUCAAGAACUUCCCAGCGCUCACUUACUUCAGGGAAAAGGAGCCCAUCAUCUAUGAUGGUGAUCUUAUGGAUGAGGAGGGCGUGCUCGAUUUUCUAACCUCGCUCGAGGCAAUGGAUCUGCCCGAUCGCAUCGAGGAGGUCAACGCAAAGAUAUUGCUCAAGAUUAUCGAGGAUACCGAUUUUGUUGCCGUCUUAUUCUGUCCUGAUCAUGAAACAUGCCCACCCAGGGUAAUGGAUAAACAGCAAUGCCGCAAGUGCGCCAAGGCCUUGCAAGAAUUGGAGAAUAUCGACGAUGAGGCCGACCAGCUUGGCAUUGGUUUUGUGAAAAUACACGACGAGGCAUUGGCCGAUGAGUACAACUUGGGCAAUCUGCCGGCAUUGGUCUAUUAUCGCCACCAGACUCCGAUCAUCUAUGAAGGUGAGCUGCAGCGUGAGGAGGAUGUCUUGGAGUGGUUGGUGCAAAAUAAAUCGACCGGUGAUGAGGAUGAUGUUAUCGAGGAUGUUACCUCAAAGACUCUGUCAACGCUGAUUAGCAAUAUUGAUAAUUUGGUUGUGCUAUUCUAUGAUCAUGGCAAUGAUGAUUCGAUGACCGUGCUGGAGGAGCUCGAACAAAUCGACGAUGACUGCGAUAAGCAUGGCAUACAGUUUGUUAAGAUCGAUGAUGUCAAGGCGGCGUCCGAUUACGGAAUCGAAUCGAUUCCGGCAAUUGUAUAUUUUGAAAAAGAAAUUCCAAACGUGUACGAUGGCGAUCUCAUGGAUGAGGAACAGAUACUGAAAUGGUUGUUGGGACAGUUGGAACACGAUGAGAUCGAGGAUGUCACCGAUGAAAUGCUCGAUACAAUGAUUAAAGAAGGACGCGUCAUUGCAGUGCUGUUCUACGACAACAACGACAAGAAAUCCCAAAAGGUCCUUGAAGAACUUGAGAACAUUGACGAUGAAUGCGACGCUUUGGGCAUUACUUUCGUGAAAAUCGACAAUCCCGAGGAGGCCGUCGAAUAUGGCAUCAAUAAAGUUCCUAAACUGAUAUACUUUGAAAAAGGCAUUCCAACUAUAUACGAAGGCAAUCUGGAGGAUGAGGAGAAGCUAUUGAAAUGGCUUGAAACACAAACAAGUUCCGAUCAAAUCGAAGACAUUACCGAUGAAAUGUUGGAUUUGAUCAUUGAGAAAAUGCCACACGUUGCUGUGCUGUUCUAUGACAAAGAUCAAAAGAAAUCACAGAAAGUCCUCGGUGAAUUGGAAAACAUCGACGAUGAGUGCGAUCAGAACGAUAUUGCAUUCGUGAAGAUCGACGAUGAUAAGGAAGCCAAGGAAUGGGGUAUCGAUGAAAUACCAUCGAUUGUACUCUUUGAACGUGGUAUUCCACACAUCUACGAAGGUGAUCUAAUGAAAGAAGAUGAGCUACUUGGCUGGCUGGUGCAUCAGAAGCGUUAUUCCGAAAUUCCCGAGGUCACCGACGAAAUGAAGGACAAAUUGGUCGAAAACACUGAACAUUUAGCGGUUAUUUUCUACGACAAGGAUGACAAACAGGAUAUGCGCAUUCUGAAUGAACUGGAAAACAUUGACGAUGAACUCGAAAAGGAGGGCAUCGUCAUCGUCCGCAUCGAUAAUGCCGCCGAGGCCAAGGAAUAUGGUCUCGAUCAUUUGCCCGCACUGAUUUACUUUGAGAAUAAAAUACCUGCUCUGUACGAGGGUGAUCUGAUGAACGAGGAUGAGGUGCUCGAGUGGCUGCUGGUGCAGAAGAAAACGGCGACCAUUGAAGAGGUCACCGAUGAGAUUCUCGUCAAUCUGAUCAAUGAGCACGAGUACGUUGUUGUCUUCUUUACGGGUCCCUGCGAACCGGGCGAGCCCUGCGAUCACACUUUGGCUGCGUUGGAAAGCAUCGACGAUGAACUGGAUGAGGCUGGCAUCAUAUUUGUUACCACCGAGGAUACCGGCAUCUCUAAGAAAUAUAACGUCAAAUCUUAUCCACGAUUGGUAUUCUUCAGAAAUCGUGAUCCAUUGCACUUUACGGGCGAUUUGGAUGACGAGGACGAAGUCUUGGCCUGGAUUACUGAUGACGAAACCCUCGAAAUUCCCGGCAAAAUCGAGGAGGUCAAUGUUAAAAUGCUGGAUAAGAUUUUGGCCGAAAACGAUCAUGUUGUCGUGUUCUUCUACGCCGAGGGGGAUAAGAAGGCCCAGAAAAUCCUCAACGAAUUGGAGAACAUCGAUGACGAAUGCGAGGAAAAAGACAUCGACUUUGUAAAGACAUCCGACGAUGAUAUUGAUAAGGAAUACGAUUUGCCCGGUUUGCCGGCACUUGCAUUUUAUAGACAUAAGUUUAGAACAAUUUACACCGGUGAUCUGAUGAAGGAAGAGGAAAUCCUCGAGUGGGUUAUCGAUUUGCAUGAAUCGACGGCUGACGUCAUCGAAUCGGUUGAUCGGAAAACGCUGCAAGUGUUGAUCAACGAUGUUGAACAUCUCGCCGUUUUCUUCUAUGACGAUGACUGCGAAACGUGCCCUGGUAUUUUGGAAGAGCUGGAGAACAUCGAUGACGAUACCGAUAAGCAUGGCAUUCAGUUUGUCAAAUCGAAUGAUGUUAAGCUAGCCCAUGAAAUUGGCAUUUUCGCAUUCCCUGCUUUAGUCUACUAUGAGACAGGCGUUCCGAUCAUGUAUGAUGGUAACUUGGAUAGUAACAAUGAGGUAUUCAAUUGGAUACUGGAGCAAAAGGCCGAUCAAAGCAUUGAGCUUAUUAAUCGAGAUCAACUAAUUGAAUAUAUAGGCACCAAAGACUUUUUAGCGGUUGUCUUCUAUAAAGAAGAUGAUCCUGAUUCUCCGCGUGUGCUACGACACAUUGAACUGAUCGAUGACGAGGCUAUCGAAUAUGGCAUUUAUGUUGUGAAAAUGCACGAUAAGCUGAUGGCCAAGAAAUAUGGCUUCAGAAAUCCACCUGGUAUAACUUAUUUCCGCAAGGGCAAAUACAUCAACUACGAUGGCGAUAUCGAUGAUGAGGAGGAAGUUCUCGAUUGGCUAACAAGUCCCGCCAACAUGGAGAUGACCGAUCACAUUGAGCAGGUUAAUCGCAAGAUGUUUGAGAAAAUACGCAAAAAUUCCGAUUAUGUGGCGGUGAUUUUCUACAGCGAUGAGUGCAAACAGUGUCCUCGCGUCCUGGCUGAGGUGGAACACAUUGAUGAUGAUGCGGAUAAUGCGGGCAUUGAUUUUGUCAAGAUCGAUGAUAAGCAAAUGGCCAAGGAAUAUGGUGUCUUCGCACUGCCAGCCAUUGUCUUCUUUAAGCCCACAUCUAAGGAACCAGUUAUAUACGCCGGUGAUCUUUAUGAGGAAGAACAAAUCCUAUCUUGGUUGCUUACGCAAAAGGAUCCAAGUGGAGAUGUUAUUGAAGAUCUCGAAGGCGAAAGACUGGUUCACUUGAUUGAAGAGUCUGGCUCCAUAGCUGUGUAUUUCUGGAACAAAACGAAGUGUGAUAUUUGCAAUUCGAAAGCGGUGCGCAAGGCGCGACUGAAAAAGGAGCGCGAGCAGCAGCAACAGGAUGGCGGCACCGCCAGUGCGGCCGCCGCCUUUGGCAGCGAUCCUGAGGCAGCAGCAGCUGCCGGCGAGCCCGGUGGUGCUGGUGGUGGCGAUGGUGCAGCAACGGAUGCCAUGGCCAGCAAACAUGAUGAUGAUGCCGACGGGUGCGAACAGUGCACCAAAGUGCUCGAGGAACUGGAGAAUAUAGACGAUGACUGCGAUAAACAUGGCAUAACAUUUGUCAAAACACGGGACUUCUCCGUCGCCGAUGGCUACGGCGUACACGAAUAUCCGGCUCUGGUCUACUUCGAGGGUGGCAUACCAAAUGUUUUUGAAGGUGAACUCAGUGAGGAGGAGGAAGUCCUCCAAUGGCUUAUAACACAGAAAACGGAAGAUCGCAUUGAGUUAAUCACACGCCAAAUGCUUGAAACUAUGGUCGAGGAGACACAAUAUCUUGCCGUAUAUUUCUACAAAAUCAACUGUAAUAUCUGUGAUCAGAUAUUGGAGGGUCUUGAACUGAUUGAUGAUGAGUGCGAUGUUUUUGGAAUACACAUGGUUAAGAUCCAGGAUCCUCAGCUGGCCAAACGUUAUUCCAUCAAAACUUUCCCAGCCUUGGUCUACUUCCGCAAUGGCAAUCCACUGCUCUUUGAGGGUGAUCUACAGAAUGAACAAUCUGUGCUUGAGUGGUUGAUUGACGAUGAUAAUCGUGAGUUGGCCGAUGAAAUCGAGGAGGUGAACGAACGCAUGCUGGAUCGUCUAAUGGCUGAAUCGACUUUGUUGGUGGUAUUCUUUUAUGAUGAUGAUUGUGCUGAAUGCGAGGAAAUUCUUGAGGAGCUUGAGGAAAUCGAUGGCGAGGCUGAUAUGUUUGGCAUUGACUUUGUUAAAAUAACCAGCGUUGAAGCAGCCAAGAAAUAUGAAGUGGUCAAUAUACCAUCUCUGGUAUAUUUCCGAAAACAAGUGCCUGUGCUAUACGAUGGCGAUAUGCAUCAGCAUGAUAAGGUCAUCACCUGGCUAACAUCGCAGGAUGUAUUCGAAAUUAAAAACGAAAUCGAGGAGGUCAAUCGCAAAAUGCUUGACAAGCUGCUCGAAGAAAACGAAUUUAUUUCCGUGUUCUUUUAUGAACACAAUCAGCCUGACAGCGUUGCGGCGUUGGAAAAACUGGAAAACAUUGACAGCGAGACCGAUAAUCUGGAUAUAACCUUUGUGAAAAUGGCCGAUUCGCGCUAUGCUAAGAAAUGGGGCGUUACCAAACUGCCAGCCAUGGUAUAUUUCCGUCGCCGUUUUCCUAGCAUAUAUAGAGGCGAUUUGCUCUCGGAGGAUGAGGUGCUCGAAUGGCUGCGCAAGAAUCGUUUCCGCCAGCCGGAACUGAAUAUAUUCAUGUACGCUCUGAUAGCACUGGCCGUGGCCUUUGUUGUCUACACCGCGUUCCUGCUGCAGUGCUUCAAGCCGGCACCACCGCCACCCGUGCAGCAUCCGAAGCAGUCGUGAUGUGAUCGAGUGGGUCAAAUGUGAAUGCUGCUGGGCUUAUUUCUGCUGCUGCUGCUGUGUAACUAGAAAUUGUUGAAGAACAUACGAUAUUGCAACCACUACAACAAGGGCGUGCCCGCGUGUAGAGAACGAAAAACUGGAAGAAGGAAGAGUGAGAGAGAGAGCGUGAGCGAGAGAGAGGAUGAGAGCAAAUGAAUUAAUUUAAAAGCGAAAGGAACACACACACACACUAGACACAACUACUCACACACAAAUGCACAAACAUUAUCAUGCAUACAUUAAAUAACGAACUAUCAUCAUGGAAUCGUCUAAAUUAGACGACUUUAAGAAAUGACUUUAGAACGACAGUGCCGAAUAUACUGCCCCAAGUAUUGUGCGAGAGUCCCUGGUGACAGAACAUUGCAAAUAUUACAUACUAUAUAUUUUUACAUAAACUACAUUUACCUUUGAGAGAGAACCGUGUUUAAUGAGUCAACUUUCUGGCUGCUUCCAUAAUUAAUCAAUAUCAAUAUGAAUAUAAUUUCACGUCACAAUUAUGUACUUAAACAUUUUAACAAAUCAAUCAAUAAACAAUGAAUUCAACGCUCAAGUCAUAGUAAUUACUUUUAAAAUAAUAUUUAAAUACAAUUACAAUAAUAUUAUAUGAUAUUAAAGCAAAAAUCAUAAUUUCUACAGUAAACUAUUACGGAUUAAUAAAAUAAUUAAAAUAAAAUUCGUGAAACACAUUAUUGAA